AGUUAUGCGCCUAGACGAAAAAUUUACAGAUGUUGGCCCAAAAGGUCCACUACCUAAAAGGACCGGUGCAGUAGCAGGACAAAAAGCUUCGAUACCUGCCGCCCUCAUCUUUGCCCUCGGAUGUUAUGGUGCUGGUGGCGCGGGAUUGGGAUCGAAACAAGGCCUCUCUCAAUCUUCAACGAUGCUGGGUA